AUGACAUUUGUACUGUACUGAUAAAUGUCUCAGUGAAGCUGUUUUGAAUCUACUUAUUUUCAUUAUUUUACAUAAGUAAUUCGUUCUAACAGUGUGUUUAUUUAUUAAAUAUGUUGUUUGUAGAGUGGCUCGAUAUAAAUCAAUGCAGUUUGUCUAUUUUGGCAUGCAUUUUCCUAACCAUUACAUAUGUUGCCAGCUUGUAUGUAUGGAGGUCUAAAAUGAGCAGGGAUCAUCCGACUACAAUUAAGAAAAGAUUCUUCAGUGUUUCUGUUAUGAUGUUUCUGGCUCCAUUCUUUGUUCAGUAUUUUUUCACUAGAGAGACCUUAAAUAAAGGGGAUUUGUUCAUGCAGCUGGGUCUGCGUUGGUCUGGCCUGAUUCCGGCUCUAGUUGGCCCUCUGUUUUUGACAGCCACACUGUUUCUGGGACCAUUAACUAUGCAGUUUUUAUCUGGGAUAUGGAAACUCUAUGCAGAGCCAAUGUAUUGGCUAGCUAGCUGGCAGGAUCUUGUGUGGGUGAGGAAUCACUUUAUGGCUCCAUUAAGCGAGGAGUGGGUGUUCAGAGCUUGCAUGGUCCCAUUACUGCUGCAAUGUGUCGAGCCGAUGACUGCUGUGUUUGUUGGACCUCUACUAUUUGGCAUUGCUCAUUUUCACCACAUGUAUGAACAAAUAAAAGCUGGUUUCAUAUUCAAGACUGCUCUACUUGUCUCAUCAUUCCAGUUUACAUACACUACAUUGUUUGGUGCUUAUUCAGCAUUUCUAUUUCUGAGAACAGGACACUUUGUCUCACCUCUGAUUGCACACAUGUUCUGCAAUCAUAUGGGAUUUCCAAAUUUCAACGAAAUAUUAGAGUUCCCACCUAUGCAACGGGUUGUGAUUAUAUUCAAUUUUAUACUGGGACUAAGCUUAUGGUGUUUCCUACUCCUGCCAUUGACUAAUCCAGAUAUUUAUGACAACAGAUUACACUGGGAAACUUGAAUUUAAAGUUACUUCAAAACGAAUGGUAAUAACAUCUAGAACUCAACUUCUGAACUAUGUAACACUACAAUGAAUCACACUAAUAUUAUAAAGGUAAAAGUAUGUGACUGUGUGCAUGUUUGUUAGUCUUCACACGCAAAUGGCUGAAUGGAUUUUGUUAAAACUUCGCAAUAAUAUAAUCUAUAUAUCAGGAUAAUCAUAUGGGUUAUUUUUUCUGGGUACAUAUUUUCGUAGUAUUAUCGAAAUAAAAAUGUAAGACUCACAGUCAGUAGGACAUCAAAAAUUUUUUAUCAAAAAUAAGAGCUGUAACAUUUCUGAUUAUUGACAAAGCUGUUCAUGAAUAGCAUUUCAUUAUACUCAGACUAUGCCCAUUGUAUUUAGUGGUGCACAGGACCCUAUACCAUUAUCUAAGAUAUUAUCCCUUUAUAGAAAUUUUGGUAAAUAGUAAGACUAUCGAUUUGCAGGGUUCUGAACUGAACCAGAUGUGGGAAGAUAAGUACAUACACACUAAGGCCCAAUUUCACCGACAACAUACACGUCAGAUUUCUUUAAACUGUUUAUUAUGGAUUUUCAAAGUUUACAGUUUUUUUGAGAAAAAUGGACGAUUAUAGAUGUUGUUGGGUCUUAGUGGCUAGUUUGAAUGCGUCCUUAAUGUACGAGUAUAAAUUUACUGAUUCGUACGAAUUUGCCGCACUACUAUUUUCGCAUCCACGCAUGCAUCGAGUUUGAAAUUUAAGCCCACCCAAGUAUAACAUACCGAUAUUAAUUACAUUAACUUGAUAUUAAUUCCGUACAUUUAAAGUUACAUUGUUAGUUGUAGGAUACAGUAGAUUUUUUAAAACAAUUCUUCGUUCUGAAAGUUAUGUUUACGCCAGAAUUUUUGUACCAGCUUUGUUUACUUGAAAACGCCAAUGUGCCUAAUUCUGGCGUAAACAUUUAUCACACGGAGCUUAUUAAUAAUAUUUAAGGCAAUACCCACAUCUUAUAGAAUUCUACAUCAUUUUACCCAUACAUAUAGCAAAUAAAUAUUCUCAAUGUAACUUAGUAUGUAUUUAAAUCUAGAGUUCUCUCUACGAAAGAAGGCCAUUGCCUAAGCCGAUUACUGAACUUCAGUUUUUAAGUGCACAGUUCAGGGACACGAUUCCGCUAUUUUACUUAAGCGACAUCGAUUCACAUCCGACUGAGAUCCAAUCACGACUCAAUUACGAUUGAAGCGUAUGUGGCAUGUCGCUAUUUUUUCUUUGAAAUAAACGUUUUUAUCCUUUUCUGUCAUUCAAUAAUGAAUCAUUUUGUCUGCAAAUAAUUUACGAUUACAAUAUGAUUGUAGAGCAAACUACCGUACCUAUAAACUAAAAUCACCAAAAUAGCAGACCAAUCGCAAACUAAGUAAUCGAAUUUCGUUGGAAUACGAUUGGUCUUAUAUUAGUAGCAGAAUGCCCAUAUAUGGUUAAAACUGUUAUUGCGAUUCAAUUUCUACUCAAUUUUGACAUUAUUAACUUAGGAGAAUCGGGCCCCAAAUGUACAGUUUUACCUACACCAAUGUUGAACUGUUCAGUCAACACUGAAGGUCAGUAGCCGACAUUAGUAAAAACAUGCACAAUUUUCCACCGGACUUGUGUCUUGAUCUGUAGCAAGGGUGUUGCCAUAACUCAAUAAUAAUAAUUAGAUGGUACUCUACAGUAUUGCUAACCAUCGAUUACCUUAUUUAAGAAACUUACCUCUGAAUUCUAAUCACAGUAUACUAUUUAAUAUAUUUAACUACUAUGUCCUAUAUGGGAAUUACUUAUACAAUAUUUAAGUUAGGGAUACGUUAAUGAUAAUUAUUAUGGUUAACAAAGUCUAUGUGUGUCUACAUUUGUUUGCGAUAAUGCGAACAAUUAUAAAUUAGUUACUUAUUGGUACACUCUAGUACCGUUUUGAGUGACUAUGUAGAUAUUAAAGUGGUACUUUAGAAAACAGUACAAUAAUAUCCAUCUAUCACCGACGUAAAAGAUUGUAUCCAAUCAUUAUAAGAAUGCAAAUUCCAUCCUUCUUAAGCAAAUGUAGAUACAUAAUAUACAGUCACACUCAUAUAAAUAAGUAUUUUUUGAAUGCUUGAAUACUUUUUCAGUUGUCGCGCAUCUGUUGUCAAGAUUUGCAGUGUGUUAAUAUUUCUGUUGUGUUUUGUAAUAUUAAGAACCAGUGAGUUGAUUGAUCAACUUUCGAUUAAAUAUUUGUUUAAGUUUUUACCUUUUUAUGCUAUUUUUUUUUAUAAUUGUUAGUUUCACCAUCUCUGUCAAAAUUAGAAGUAACAGUGCCGGAUUAAUCAUAUAGCAAAUGUUGCAAUUGCUACGGGCCCCGUACUUAAUUCUAACUAAAGGGCUCCUAAGUUCUAGUCUACCGAACUGAAAUUUUUUUUUUCGUUGUUUUGCGUCUCUUUAGUAGGCGUUAACUAUUUUUGUUAGACAUAUGGGACCCCACACUUAUUUAAUCCGGCACUGAAUAAUUAUAUGAAACUUGUUUUUUUAAUUUAUUGAUGUGAUUUAUCAUGAUACCUACUUAAAAGAUCAAAAGGGACUAGUGAAAGGCAUUAUUAUUACUGGUUCGAACAGAUGUGGUGAAAUAAACAUUACAAAAUUGUAUUGUGUGCCAUAUGUUUCAUAAAAAUGUAAAUACGUAAAAAUAAUAAUUUUACAGGGUUUGCAUGCAUGGGACAAAAUAUUGCCUCACUAGUCAAUUGAUGUAUUGUUUUUAAUUUUAAUAUAAUAAUUUGUGAUGUGUCUGUUUUUAAAACAAUGAUAUUACUUGUCAUAAAAUAAACAUACUUAAAGAAAA